GACUUUCUUUCACCGGCUUGUAUUUUUUCCCGGGCUGGAAAUAACUGUGCUUAGAAUAGGUUUAGUGGGUAAAUGCUGAUGUAUGCUUUCUAACAAGCGCUACUGAAAAUACGCAGGUCACCACAGGGAGAAGAUGUGGCGCUUUCAGCUACAGGUGCUGCUUGUGACUCUCUUCACAUCGAUCCUACCGGUCAAUGGGGCCCCACAGAGAGACGCCCUAGACGAUAUGCCACAAGCAGAAGUCACUGGAGACAGUCAGGAUUUAUCCCACAUGCUGUUGCUGGACAUUUUAUCCAGCGUAAUGACUCAGGUGGAUAACGAGGUCGUGCCUGGGAUGAAGGAACUGGAGUUUCAGCGGAAAGCGGUACGUCAGUUGCCGCUGUCGCAGCGAGAGCGCAAAGCUGGCUGUCGGAACUUCUUCUGGAAGACGUACACCUCAUGUUAAUCUGCGAUACGAUGUAACCCGUGUCUCAAUUCAUGACCGGUUUGAGUCUGGUAUGUUACCUGUUUGAGAUGUAUAAGCUAUUGUAAGCAGCAUGUUUU